AUGGGUGGGGAUGUUGUUGUUGAAGGAGGUAAUUUAGAGGGGAGAAAUGAUGUUGUUGUUGAAGAGAAUGUAGUUGUAGGGGCUGAUAUAAAGAUGGAAUUUGAUGGGGAUGAUGAAGCAGAUGAUGAUGGUGAGCCUCAUGUCUAUAGGGAUAAUGCUGAUGAUGACGAUGACGAAGAUGCCGAAGAUGAUGAUGAUGAGGAUGACAAUGAGCAGGAGGCUGAAGAUGACAUCGAUGACGAUGAUGAUGGUGGUGAUAAGAGGUCUGGGUGUGAUGGCGGGGAUGAGAUUAUGUAUUAUGAUAAUGCAAAUUCCAGAAACUCAGAGUCAUCAGAGGAUUCUGGUGCAUAUCGCCACACCUUAAGCAAUUUUGAUAGGAUUAUUUAG